GAAAUAACCUCUUUGUACGAAGCAGAGUGAAACCUCUCAACCUCGACUUGAGGCAACUUGAUUCUCGCGUCAUCAUGGCCAAAGUCAUCUUCACGCCGUGGAAGGAGCAAUCCCAAUUACUGGUGGUGCGGAAUCAAUUCUACCCUCCGCCGCUAUACGAUGGCCCCGACAUGCGAUCCAGGGCCUGCGCCACAGUCAGCGCAUGGAAGCUGCGAGGCAACCUCCCCCAUCCCGUCGAGGCGACCGCCUUGUUAACGGAUGCGAUUCUCCAUGAUGACGCGCAGAAGAACUCCAUCUUCUCCAUUCGCGCGACCUAUGCGGCUGCUUUCUGUCGCUUCGUAACGGGCCUCGUCGACUCCAAGCUCGGCGGUGUCCGCCGGACCAUGUUCCAGCGCGCCCUGGACCUGGGUCUCCCCGCCUCGUUCGUGGAGCUGCGGCACGAGGCCACGCACCGCGAGCUCCCGUCGCUGACGGUGCUGCGCAACGCGUCGCAGCGGUCCCUGGAGUGGCUGUGGGAUUAUUACUGGGCCAAGACUGAGGCGUCGGUUCCGGGCUUUGGGGCCGUGGGGGCUUCUGUGAGUGGGGUGCAAGAGAAGCGUGUUGCGGGAGGGGAAGAGGCCGAGCAAGAAGAAGAGGAAGACGAAGAAGCCGAUCUCGAACCGCUCAAGUCGACGCUUCGGGAUACUCUGGAGCAGAUUGUGGCUGAGGGAGAGCAGCAGCAACCCCCGCGGAAGAAACGCAAGGUCCAGCAGCAUUUGAAUGCCGUUGCCGGUGAGGUGGUGUCGACGUGUCGGUCGUCGGGGCGCGGGGUGGCUGCUUUAUCGAGUGUGCUGGUGCAGGAUUCGCUGUUGGUUCCGGGAGGCCGGAGAAUGGGAGAGGCAAUGGCUGCUCAGUUCGACAUGUGGGAUCCGUUAUUGCAGAUGAUCGCAGAUGCGCAGCCUACGUUCUUGUCGAGUCUGACGGAGGAGCUGGCCAAUGCGCUGGCGCUCACGACACGGCCAGAUCAGGCGAAGACCGAUGUCCGCUGUGAAGGUGCCUAUUUGUGGCUGGACCACAUCUUGGGGUCGGCGCAGUGGGAGUCGCGGAGACGGCUGGUCUCGUAUGCGUAUAUGCUGGCCGUGUGUGAGCAGAUUGCGAACCAUUGGACGGAUUUGCUGAAGGAGAGGCUGGCCGAGAGACAGGACGAGGGGGUGCCGUCGGUUGAUGGCGAGGGUUCAGGGCGCACGAGGAGCUCUGCUGCGACGACGCGGAAGAUGGUGUACUGCUGGGAUGUUCUGUACCCGUUAAAGAGUUUAGGGACUUAGUGGGGUAUUAAGAUCUCGGACCUUUCGGGGAGAAUUGUUUAAAUGGAUAGCUAUCUUUUUUUUACACCAAGAUUGUGACAAACUUGCCAUGAAAAGUGCUAUUGGGUAAUAAGAUGAAUGUC